GAAAAUAGUAGUUAAAUAACUGUUAUUCAUACGUGCAGUUUGUAUUCAAAAUGAAAAUCGCCAUAUUUCUUUUGGCCAUUGUAGGCCUAACUGCUGCCGAGGAAAAGGCGCAAGUGUUUGCCGACCGUUCACUUUCCAGUGCCGCCGUUGAGGCUAUUGAGAAUCUACGUGAUGAGAUGCCUUGUGGUUUUCCCGCACUCGGCAUUCCACCACUGGCACCAUUGAAGAUCCCACAUAAGGAAAUCAAUUUGGACACCGAGGCAUUGCAAGUACAGGGUGUGGUGGACAAUUUCCGUUUGAAUGGUUUGAACGAUUUUGAUAUUGAUGAGAUGAAGAUCAAUGCGAUUACCAGCAAAGUCAAUUUCCGCUUCAUUUUCCGUAAUGUCAACGUGGACACACAAUACGAUUUGCGUGUUUUGCUCAAGAAAGCCGGUUUCACCAUCAAUCUGGUCGGUAAUGGACCAGCUAAAUUCGCUGUUAAAAAUAUAGAUGUCAAGGGUGUCCUCAAGUAUUCGUUGGGUGUUUUGAGCGGUAAAUUAAAGUUGAAGACACUGAACAUACGUACACAGAUCGGUGAGGUUGAAUCAGAUAUUGAGGGUAUUUUGGGUGAAGGCGGUAUUAAUGAGAAGAUGAACGAUGCUUUGGCUGAAAUUGUUGAGUUGGCCGUUAAUGAGAAUGAGGAUGCGAUUGCUGAUACUAUCGAGUCGAUUGCUGUGCCAAUGGUAAAUGAAGCUCUUGCCGACAUAACUUUAGCUGAGCUGAUUAGCAGCGCGGGUGGUGGUGGCGAUGGCGAGGAAAAGGAGAAAUGUAUUCCACCUUCGGACUAAACGAUAUACAAAGUCCAUGCUUUUUGAUAUUGAAAUAAAAUGUUUUACUAAAAAAA